GUCCACAUGUCCCUACCCCCGUCUUCUCCUACUGCUCAUUCCACCCACCACUAAGCCCAUCCUCGAGCCUCAUCGGUUUGUUUCAUCGUACCAUCAUGCCCGGCAGCAUAGAAAGCCAUUCUAUCACACUUGAAUUUAUCGAUGGACAUAAUCUUCAAGUCCCUUCCAAGCGCAUGCCCGCUGGUAUUUACAUAUCCAUCAAUGUCGAUUCGAGGAGACGCUGGAACUCAGCCAUUAGAGUCUUGUCAUCCGACAAAUCCGUAGCGUGGGGAGAUAGCGUGAACCUAUCAUCACACGAGUCACCUGCAUUACCAAUGGAGAUUAGAGCGUCCUUUGAGCAAGAUCGAACGCUGGGCAAUGGUGAAAUAAUCGGACAACUUCAAACAUCGUGGGAUGAGUUGCUCGAUCAUGGAGAUGAACCAUUCAAACUGUCCUUCCUACCUGUUCGUGGUGUUAAUCCUUCGCUCACGCUGAAGGCCACUGUUGUACAUGCUAGCGAUUGUCAGGACGGCGCACUACUUGACGUGAGCGACCCCAUACUUUGUCCUGUUAGUUAUGUUGACAGAACACCAACUGUAGUCCCUCGUGGACUGCGAGAUCGCUCAAGACACAGAUGCAGGGCCGUAAAACCAUGUCAUGGAUUUAAGGCUACGUCCGAUUACUUAGCCAUGCCACAACUGCAUCCGCAGGCAACAGCGACCAUCGAACUGCAUAAACCUUGGUUAUUGCACGGCGAGACUGCUCAAGGGUUCAUGAUAAUCAGCAAUCUACCGGCAAGGGAGAUUGACCGUGCAUGGAAGCGCCAGUCCAUCAAUCACCUCCAGUUAUGCACUUGGUGCUCUGGCAUUUGGACUGCAAGAGGUCAAUUUCGACCCGGAACCUUUGAAGGUGUGAACUACUUCUGUUGUUGGAUUUAUUCGGAUUUUACGUUGCGUUUAUGAAGACCUUGGAUAACGAUGUCCCCAUUGACAUGCCUGAUACUUCUAUUGAAAUUUCGGUGACUAGAGAGGUGCAACAAUCGUCUUCCCGCGAGGCCGCACUGGAAGUUUUGUCUCAUACAUCAGGGCAUUCGGCAGCACAACAGUGGAUUUGAGGAGCAACG